AUGCCAAGAAAAUUCAACAACUUUUCGGAUUUUCUGGAUUUUCAAAAAGCCAAAGAAACAGCUCGUAAAGCACAUCACGAUGAAAAGUACAAAUCAGCCAUUGAGCGUGAAAAUAGAUAUCGCAAUUAUUUGCGUGACGAGUCACAGAAGUUGCGUGAAAAGUGGCAAAAAAGUGCAAUGAGGGCGGAGAAAAGAAGUGAUGCGAGUGCGAAAGGUGAGGUAGUGGAGAAAACCACUCAUCGUGAGGAAAUGUACAGAAAAUUUGCACAGAUGAAUGCCGAAGAACGACGCAGAGCCAUUGAGGAUGUUGAGAAAAUCAUUUGGCGUGACACGGAAAAGCCACGAGAGCUUCAGAGUGCCGCCCUUCUCGGUGAAGUGCUGAAGGUGCAGGAAAAGCAACGGCAUGAGAUGCAGCAGGUGAGAAUGAUGCGUCAGCAGAGACGCACCGAGACGGCUGGGGAAUUGCUGAUGCAGAGUCAACAGUGGUGCGAGGAGCAGCGUCAGAGGGCAUACGAGGCACGGAGACGCACUGCGGAGUAUAAGAAGGAUCUUCAGGGGCUUAUUGAGGAGCGCGAAAAUGCCCGGAGAAUGGAGAGGGAGCAACAAAUGCGCCUGGAGCAGGUACUUGAGCAAAUGAAGGAUGAGGAUUGGACAGCAGAGGCACAAGCUCACCGUGAGCAGGAGAGAAAGAGGCGACAAAUGGUUCAUAGGCAUGCUCUUGAGGCCAUUAAAAUCAAAGAUGAUAUGCUCAAAAGAGAUAAAAUGAAGGAUGCUAUUCAUGAUCGAAUGAUUGACUUGUACGACGAAGGCAGGAAGAGAAUUUCCAACUUCCUGCAGGAAAAAGCGCGGGAAAAGUGCUCACAACGUGAACAACUCAAAUCCAUCAUUGCUCAUCAAUUCUUAGAGAUUCAACCAAAGACUGAGGAAAUUGAGGAAGGGCUCAUGAGACGUGCUAUUGCAGAUCAAGAUGAGAAUUUCCGGCGGAAGCAGGAAAAAGAGCGCGAAGCCGUGCGAAAGCUCAAACGUGAACGCUUUGAAGCUCAAAUGGAGGAUUUGCAGUGUCUCCGCGCGAGGAAAGCUCAAGAGCUGGCCGAGCGCCGUCUCUCGGUGGAAAAUCGCCUCGAGAAUUUCCACGUAACAGCAAAACACCACGAGAUGGAGACGAGGGAACGUAUGGAGGCGGCACGCCGGCAUCGUGAAGCUCUCGACCGGCAAGUGGCGGAAAAGCGCGAACGUGAACGGCGCGAGCGGCAGGAGGAAAUAGCAUUCACAAACCGAAUUAUGGAGGAGGAGGCUGCAGCCACUGAUACGGCUUUUGGGCGGUUCAGUGAACGCCUCGUUGAGGGGGCGAAAGCCAAGGGGGAGCCUCUCCUACCCCUUGAACGGGCUAAAGAGGCCUACAGAACUUUCCACAGCAUAACAAGACGACCCAUUCCGCCGCAUCUUUGCGACAGAGUACCCAUAAAUCAGAAAUCCUACACUGGUACAAAUUGGUAA